AUGAAUUUAAAAAAACAUGAUACUUUGAUCCAGAAAGAAUGGCUAUGGCAAUAUGCGGAUGAGGAACGUGAUGUCAAUGUUUUCAACACUCCUGAUAAAACUUCGUUAAUAUUCGCCAUAUUCUAUCUAGAUGAUUUAGAAGAAGCUAUAACACCUAUUAUUUCUAAUAUUUUUUCCCUUGUUGAAAAAGAGUUUCAUGAUUGGAAUGUAUCAUAUCCUUGGACUGAAUAUAAUGGAGUUGAAUUAGAAAUCACACAGUAUGUAUAUGAGUUAGGCAAUAAAGAAAUUACUAUUCCAUAUAUAACUGGGCAGAUAUGUGUUGAAGAUAAUUUACAACAGGAGGAAGGUAUCAUUAUAUCAAUUUUGUAUAAUAUUUCGAAAACAAUAGGCCCUGGGUGUUUUAUAAAAAUAUCAGAUACGACUGGUGAUUUUCUUUUGGCUGAAGCAUAUGAAGGUAUCCCAGAGGAAUAUGAAUUUCCAAUUGCCAAUAAUAGAUUUUGGUUGAAUGAUGGUAAAUUCAAGAUGAUAAGUAAAAAUUAUUAUUACAAUAGAGGCUUACAACCUGAAGAAUCCUUAGAAUUUCUUAGGAAAUCACCUCAAAAUUGUAUUGAAAUACCCAAGAUUUCUUCCAUAUUACAGUCUAAAGUUACAGAGGAUUUUCCUAGUAAAUACAUGAGCGAUAUGGUGCAAAUACCACUUCUUAUAAAUGACAAUUCAAUAGCACAACUACUUAAAGAUAACUCUCAAAUCAUAAAUUACCUCCUUAAGAAUAUUGCUUCUACCACUGAUCCAAUCGAUAAGAUAGACUUAAAUUUGAAAGGCACAGCACAAAAGAUCAACUUACUUGCCACAAAGAGUCAUUGUGAAGUUCUUAAAUAUUAUUUAGAAAUGAAUAACCUAAGGAAUGACAGUACAAAUAUCGAGCUAGCAUCAGGUGAAAUAAUAUCUUGCACAUUAAGAGAUCUAGUAGACUCCAAAAUGAUAAGCAUUGAAAAUUCAUCCAAUAUGAAAUUAAAACCAUCUAAUAUAUUUGAUAUAGGGAAAUUCCCUGUACUAAAUUUAUAUAAAAAUAUGGAUAUGACAAAUGAUGUACAACCUACAGAAGAACUUAUAGAAAAACUGGGUAAUUUUUAA